AUGUGGCAGCCCUGCGUUCCUCAAAGCCCUUCCCAGCGCUCUCAUUGGCUCAGGGACUGUGAGAAAGUCCAACAAGCCCAAGACCCACACAUUCAUAUGGAGAUGUGGGCGUAUAAAUACAGGGCCGAGGCAGAGGAGAAGGCAGCUCAGACUCAACUGGCUCUUCAACAGGAACACUCUGACACUACAGCAAUGGCUCCCACCGUUUUUGGACAAGCAAGCUACUCUAAGGAGCAUCUCACUCCUGCUCAUAAGCUGAGAAAGCCGAUGGUUGAGAAACUGCGCAGAGACAGAAUCAACAUCUGCAUCGAGCAGCUGAAAUCCCUGCUGGGCCCAGAGUUCCUCAGGCAGCAGCCCGACUCCAAGCAGGAGAAGGCUGACAUCCUGGAGAUGGCUGUGUCUUACAUGACAGGCUGGCAGCAGCAGCAGAAGCAGCAGGUCAGCUUGACCUCCGGUCCGACAACAGCCAGCGACGGCUACUCCCGCUGCGUGCAGGAGGCCGUCAGCUUCCUCUCCCACUGCGACGUCCAGACCCAGGCCCACAGGCGGCUGCUCAGCCACUUCCAGGGCCUGCAGGUGUCCAGCAGGAGCAGUUCCUGCAGCCUCUCACCUCCCGGCUCUCCUCACCACCAAGUCAGCUCCAACAAGGGUCCGAGCCAGGCCAGCUAUGGUCUGUGGAGGCCCUGGUAGGACGGAGGAAGAAAACUACGUCCGUGAACGUCAUGGACAGAAAGUUAAAGACUCACUCAAGUCUGUUUGCUUUUUGGCAGAAGAAUCAAUAUUGUUUGAGGGUUUUAUUAGUGUAUGGAAAUGGGGUAAAUGUCCCAGUAAUCCUUUGGAAGGAUUGAAAAGAAUCAGGCUCUACUGUUUAUUUACACCAUGUGUACACAUGUUGUACUCUUUAUAAUUUAGAGUGUUGACUGUGUGGUUGUGUUCAUUGUUCCUGUGGAACAACAGAUCCUGUUUGUUCUACAAACACCCCUGAAUGAUCUUCUUCUGAGACCCAUGUUGGGUUGAAACUAAAUGUCUGAGACAUUGUUUAUCUGAUGUGUUGAACCACUGUUUAUCUUUGAUACUGAGUAUCACUGACUGAUGCAUCUCAUCAGCUUGGUGCUGAUGAAGCAGCUAAAUGACAUAAAUGGAUCCCAUGGAUCCACUUCUACUGUAAAUCUUGUGAUGAUUAUACUUUAUUGUGACUUUGUGUAACCAUUAUUUGGCCUGUGUGUUAACUGCUGAAAUUGUACCAUGUAUGUUUUCUUCACAUCCACAUUUAUACCUUUUGUGAAGGUACUUCAUGUUGACAUCAAUCUUUACUGAAAGAAUCUGUUGAAUUGCUU